AUGCAUGAUAAACUUCUUCAGUUUCAGAGGAAUGAUGUUUGGACCUUGGUAUCUAGACCGGAGGGUGAACACAUCAUUGGUACAAAGUGGAUAUUCCGUAACAAGACUGAUGAGGAGGGCAAUGUGAUCUGGAACAAGGCUCGGCUUGUAGCUCAAGGAUACUCUCAAAUGGAAGGAGUAGACUAUGAUGAGACAUUUGCUCUGGUUGCCCGUAUGGAGUCCAUCAGAAUUCUCCUUGCACUGGCCUGUCAAUUAAAGUUCAAGUUUUAUCAAAUGGAUGUGAAGACUGCUUUCUUAAAUGGAUUUCUCAAAGAAGACAUUUAUGUGGAGCAACCAAAAGGGUUUAUUGAUCCACACUUUCCAGAUCAUGUACCUCAAGAAAGUACUCUAUGGGUUAAAGCAAGCCCCCAGAGCUUGAUUCGUCAAAAAGAUUCAGGUAGGAAUGUUGAUCCUUCUCUUUAUAGAAGCAUGAUAGGUAGUCUUCUUUACCUUACUGCUAGUAGACCUGACAUUAGUUACAGUAUUGGAGUUUGUGCUAGAUAUCAGGCUAAUCCCAAAGAGUCCCAUAUGACUGCUUUAAAGAGAAUCAUAAAGUAUGUCAAAACCACUGCUGAGUUUGGUGUGUGGUACAGCAAGGACACAAGUGAUGUCCUAGCUAGGUACUCUGAUGCUGAUUGGGCUGGGAAUGCUGAUGAUAGAAAGAGUACUUCAGGGGGUUGUUUUCUAUGUGGGUAA